AUGACAACGACAACAAUGGAAAGUCUGUUCCCCAACACGCUGAUCUCCGAGGCGGUCCGCUCGUCCUUCCCAGCAGGCUACGUAGUGCGGUCUCUGGAGCGCAACGAUUUCGCAAAGGGUUAUCUCGACUGUCUGCGCGUGCUGACGUGGGUGGGCGAUCUCUCCGAGCAGAUGUUCCAUGAACGCUAUGAUGAGAUGAAGGCUGUGAAUGAGGCGUUGGGGACGGGGAAAGCCAGCGGGACGUAUUUCUUGGUGGUUAUUGAGUUCGAAGGGAAGAUCGUCGGGAACGGGAGCCUGAUUGUGGAGAGGAAGUUGUGA